AUGGCUCGUGUUUUAUUCAGAACCAACACCAUGUCCGAUGGCUCUCCUAGGGUACGAUGGACUCAGUCGUCCAUGAGGAACGCAUUUGGACUACGACUGGUUCAUCUUUUUUUCAAUAUUCCAUUUCUUUGUCUCCAAAGGGAAACAUUGAAACUACAAAUUGAGAGAAAUCGUCAAGAAAUUGUUUCCAGUUAUUCUGAACUUGACUGUUACAGGGAGAGCGCAGAAGCUGAUUAUGAAAAGUUUAUGGAAGCAGUUACACAAAAAAGAAGACAAGCUGCUGAGAAUCAAGGUGUGAAGCCUUCAGCUGUAACUCCUUCAGCGAGGGUUAUGGGAGGAGGACAACCCAUUCCAGGACAGAGUUUGUCUCCUGAAAAAUCUGUUCGGAAACCGUCAGAUGUCUCUCUAGCAGGCUCAGCAGACAGUGCUCCUACAACUGUUCAAAAAAGCUCUCCGGAACACUUCGAAUCACGUAAGGAUUCAUUUGAGAUGCUUGGAGGAGAAGAGGUUGAUGAUAUGAAUCAAUUCUUAGACAGCUCAGAGAUGGCAGAAAAGUCGAGAAGACCUGCUAGUUUACCUCUUCAACAUUCCAGUAUUAGUGAUGAUGAAAACAACACCAUGGUCCGAACUUUUGAAGAAGAUUUCUAUGCAGAUGAUGACUUAAAGGAGAAAAUGUCUAAAAAAGCUGUUGAGCAGCAGAAAAAGACAAAGAAAACAACAGUUUUGAAGCUUCAAGAACUCCCACCUCCUUCUAUAACUCCACCAGCCUACCAUGUUCGGCUUGAAAGUGACAAUGCUGAUUCUUCAAACGAUGAGUAUAUAACCCCAGAAAGAACUGAUUCAGAUGUGCCAAACACUUUUACUGCUCUAAGUAGUCCUUCUGAACAGAAAACGUUGGAGAGUAUUGUCACAGAAAGCAAUCAUCAUGCCUCUACUGCUUUCACUGCAGAAGACUUAGAUGAAUGGCUAGGCAAAGAGGAUGUACCUGCUGUUCCAAAUGAAAUUGAACAGCCAGUAGUUGCUGAAUCAUCAGAUGAUGAGAUUGGUGUGAAGCCUCCAGUACUAACUCCUACACAACCGACAGUUACCGUGCCUCAAACCGUUCAGAUGGUCAUACCGAACUUGAAGACUGAGGAGAAACCGAAGAAGAAGAAGAAGAAAAAUGUUGAAGGUUCAACGGAGAAAAAGAAGACAAAAGAUGGAGUGGUCAAACCAAAGAAGAGAUCGAGCUCCAAGCCCGGCCGCAAUAGUAUGAAGACUCCACAAGUUACCUUAGAAGAGUUCUUAGGUGGACCUAUAGUUCAAGAUGACCAGGAUUAUGAUCCUCUGUAA